AACAAAAGUCUCUUCCGUAAGUCGAGAGCCAUUCAACGAUGGAGUCAAGUAUCAUUGUCAUCAUCGUGUUAAUUUAUCUUACAACAUUAACAUUUGCAUCAAAUGAUAUUGAUCAAUCAUUAGACAAUAAAAAUAUAGCAAAUAAUGAAGAACAAAAAGUAUUACUUGAUUGCCAACAUCUUGAUUAUCGAACGUAUAUUAAAUGCCUCAAACGACAAAAGCGUCAUCAUGCUCAUGGACACUGGGAUCAUCACAAUUCAACUGGUGGACCAAAAACAUGCUAUGAAGAUUGUGGAGUAGAUCUUUGUACAUCAACACAAUGUGUUCAUGAUUGUCACACACGAUGUAUGAAAAAAACAAAAGAAACAAGAAUUGUACAAUAUGAAACUGAUUGUAGUGAUGAUAAUAAUGGUAAUUGUCAUUCUAAAAAAGAUGAUAAUUAUUAUCAAGCACCACCAAAUAUAACAACAAAUAUUGAUGUUAAUAAUAUUAUUCAUAAUCAUAUGCCAAAUGAUAGAGAUAGUGAAAAUAAUAAUAAAGAAGGAAGUAAAAAUUAUACAGAUUCAAGACCACCAGUAAAUUCACCAGGAUAUCCAGGAACACCUGGUUUUCCAGGUGGUCCAGGAUUAACACCAGGUCCACCAGGUUUAUCAGGUUUACCAGGUGGAUAUGGUCUCAAUAUUAUACCACAAAUACAAUUGGUACCACAAUUAACAUUUGGUCUUGGACUUGGUCCAAUUGGUGGAUGUUUAACCAACUUGAAUUGGCCUUGUGUUCAACAACCAACUGCUGUUGAUUGUUCUCAAUGUAACAAUCCAUUUUAUCGACCAAGAUGUGAGAUAUCAUGCUGGAAUCAAGGAAAUUAUUCACAAGAUUCUGGAAGACGUUAUUAAAAAAAUAUUUAUCGAUAUUUUUAAAAGGAAAAUAUAUAUUUAUCGUAAUGAUUUUAUUGACUUUUUUAUUUUAGCAAUUCAUUGAUACAUAACGGUAUAUUAAUAGCCAAUAUAUUUAUAAACAUGUUGAGUAAAAAAAUAAAUAAAAAUAAUCACCCACAGUGAUGAUGCACAUGUCAGGUGUUUUUUUUUAAAGCAGGUGUUUGAUAUAUACGUUUGACUAUUUCGUUUGUAUACAAAUAGAUUAUGAUAAAUUUUAUUAACAAUGAUAAUGCUGUCUUUUGUCAAUAAAAAUGACUUUGAUAUUGUCUUUGACUUUAUCAAGCAGUUCAAUGAA